GUCUGGGGUACUGCCUGACCUUCCUGCCCACCAUCACCAUCCUGUCUCAGUACUUCAACAGGAGGAGGUCCCUGGUCACCGCCCUGGCCUCCUCAGGGGAGUCCUUUGCCAUGUUUGCCUUCGCACCAGCCUUCAUGGCCUUGAAGGAGACCAUCGGCUGGCGCCGCUGCUUCAUUGUCAUCGGUCUCAUGCAGGCCUCCCUGAUUGGCUGCGGCGCUCUGCUUCGACCAAUCAUCAUCAGACCUGACCAGGAAGUGUCAGGGGAGGUGUCCAAUAAGGAGAAGCUAUCCGUUAAGCUGCAGACGAUCUACGAGCUGGAGAAUGAGGACAGCCAGACCAACGUUAGCUCUGAGGAGUCUGAGGAGUCAGGGGAUUCRGGGGUCACCUCUCUGUCUGCCUCCAGUGCUGACCUCCGGGCCACCACAGCCACACAGGACCCCUCUGAGACCCGGGCCCUCAUGGAGGACCAGGGGGAGAAGAACCAGGGUGGACAGGCAACCCUUGGAACCCCACUGAAUCAGCUGGAGGCUGGGGAGAAAGAGCAGGGUGAGGUGGCUCCCCUUGUCAACCCUGCAGACCUAAAACUCCUAGACUUUCGUCAGGUGUUAAACGAUGGAAGCGUUCAUCUGCUACUCUCUGUUUGGCCUCUUCGCCACGCUGGGGUUCUUCGCCCCUGUCACUUUACAUCAUAGAACUCAGUAAGAGCCCCGCGGCG